AUGGUGCGCCUCCUCGCCCCCGCUGCGCUGCUCGCAGCCGCCUCGACGGCCGCCUCGGCCCUCUCGCUGCCUGCCCUGGCGCGCCGCCAGCGCAUUGCCGUGUGCGACUGCGGUGUCAUCGACACCACCGAUCCGAACCAGGCCAUGUGGACAGACUACUUUGAGCGCGACUUCCGCACGAUGAGCCGAGCAGACGUGGAGCGGGACUUCGUCGUCAUGUCCUACGACAUCAAGCGGCCUGUCGGCCUCGCCCGCUCCUACGAGCCAGACAACAUGCGCGUCGACUCAGAAGGCCUCAAGCUCACCGUCUCGCCCGCAAACGACCAGGGCGAGGUGCCGUCGGCGGGCAUCCUGACUAAACACAAGGAGUUCGGCUUUGGUCACUACACCAUUGAGACUCAGUCUACGCCAGACGCAGGACUCGUUCACGCCUUCUACAACUACGAGUCAGACGAAAACGAGGUGGAUAUGGAGUACGUCACGACGGGGAACGGCACGCAGCGCCUCCGGACGUCGGUGAAGCCGCAGCUCUACAUGGCAAACGGCCAAGCGGAUCCGUCGACGUACUCCGAGAUCACUCCGGCCAGCGGCGUCGACCUCGCAAGCUCGAGCAACACGUGGUCGUACAUCUGGAACUCGUCGGCCGUCGUGUUCGGCCUCAACGACGAGUACACGGAGGUGCUCACCAGGAACGUGCCGCAGACGCCCGGCACGCUCGCCAUCAGCGCCUGGAGCGACGGCAACCCGCGCUUCAGCGGCGGCCCGCCGGCGCAGAACGCCACCGUCCUCGUCACACGCCUGUGGGCCGUGUACAACGCCACGGGCGGCUCGCUGGAGUGCAAGGCGCGCAAGGCGGCGUGCGGCAUUGCCGAGGCGGCCCAGGCCACGACCCCUCACGGCUACAACAACGCCGUCUCGGGUCGUGCUGCGUCGUCGGCGCUCGCCGUUGCCGCCGUCGCUCUUGUCGGCGCCGGCCUGCUGCUGUAA